GCCACGCAAAAGUGUUGGGCAGAGCCAAACAGCAAAGUGAGGAUGGCAGAAAAGGGAAAAGAGAAUGGAGUGGCGGCCAUGGCAGCCUGCUACCAGGGAUUCGAUCCUGCGGCGUAUCUACAGUAUAACUACACUCCGCCGCGGGCUGACUUUGAGAGGACGGACAGCAUUGUGCCGUGGAAACUGGCAUGUCUCCACAGAGCCUUCACUGAAGGUGAUGUGAGUGGCGAGCUGCUGGUGGACAUAGGUUCAGGUCCGACCCUGUACCAGGUGCUGAGUGGCUGUGAGAUUUUCAAGAAGGUGCUGCUCACAGACUUUCUGGAGGUCAACAGGCAGGAGCUGAGGCGCUGGCUCCAGGGCGAGGAGAGCUGCAACCUGGACUGGACACCGUACCUGCAGCAUGUGUGCAAGCUGGAGGGACGACGGCCUUCAGCAUGGACAGAGAAAGCUGCCAAGCUACGUCAGGUCGUCAUGGGCAUCCUCCCGAUCGAUGUGCACCGUCCUCAGCCUCUGGCCUCUGAUGCUCUUCCCUCAGCGGGAGCCGACUGUCUCGUGUCCUGCUUCUGUCUGGAGAGCGUCAGCCCGGACCUGGCCGCCUUCACCAGGGCCUUGGGCCACAUUGGGAGGCUCCUGCGGCCCGGUGGCCACCUUCUGCUCAUCGGGGCCCUCGGAGAGAGUUACUAUUUCGGGGGCCCGGGGGUUAGGAUCCCCGUGGUCCCACUGAAUGAGGAGCAGGUUUGUGCUAGUUUGAAGGAGAGCGGCUUCACCCUGAUCCGGCUGGAGGUUUACACACUACCUCAGGACAUGAGGGUCGGGGUGGAUGAUGUGACUGGGGUUUUUUUUGUCAAGGCAAGAAAGGACUAAAGGAUAAAGUGGGAGAACAGGCAAAGCAUAGACAAAGAGUAUCGGAGGUGAAAAGAUAUACAGGAAUUAUAAUAUUAUAAUAUUUUGGAUUAAACCGGGGUAAAUUCAUGGUUUAACUCAGCAAAUAAUUACAAAGGAAAAUAAAAAUGUGUGCGGUCAAGGUAAUGUCUUGGUAGAAACAUAAUCAGAUGUUGCCUCCUGCAGUUAAAACUCUGCAACUACAGCCACAAGAAUGUAACGCUUCAAAUUUGUCCUUUUCAUUAUAUUAUAUGUAGCACAUAGAAUCUUAGCAUAGCAGCUUACAAACUGUUUAUACACAGUAUAUUUUGACAUUACUAUAUAUUUCUAUAUUUUUGAUUCACCGUUAUUUAGUUUAACAGAUGACAAGUUGCCUGUUGUGUUUUGUAAUAUGUGAUGAUGUGAAUAAAGAAGCGAUGUAGAUGCAAUGCUUUUCCCUGUGUGUGUUCUUGGUAUUUUCUUAUUGGCUGUGGGUUAAUUUUUAUUUUUGAAAGAUACUUUCAGAUAUGAGUCUGAGGAACUGACUGAAUGUGUAAUUACAAGUAUUGACCACUGGGUGUCAGUAAUUGUCCAAAUUGAGUUGCAACUAAAUGGAAAAUCUCACCUGUGCAACAUGUGUGCAUCUUGUUUUUAAAAUAAUGCACAGGCAAUGAUAAUGCAAUGAUUAUGGUAUAUAAUAGUAUAACAGUCAGCAGUUAGUGGUAGAAACACAAUCACACGUUGCCUCCUGCUGUUAAAACACAGCAACUACAGCGUGGAGAAUGUAAAGGUUCAAAUUUGUUGUUUUGUUAAAUCAUAUUCUAUCAUAUCAAAGCUUAAAAUGCACAGUAUACUUUGAACUACGAUAAGUUUAUUUUUCGAUUAACUGUUAUUCAUUUAAGAGGUUGAU